AUGACUCAACUUGAGAUACACGAACGCGCUUGCUGGACGUGUCGUUGUGGAUGUUUGUACAAACAUCUAUUCAAUGCCACUCCUGCAGGUGCUACUUCCUUCCUUCAUCCUCUCUUGUUCAUCUUCCUCCCAUCCACGCCCAGUAUGGUUGUUCCACUCAAGAAGUUCACGAUUGAUGUUUACAUUUCGCUUUUGUGCUACACCUUCUCCAUCCACUCAACUCGCUCUGUAUCCAUCCCGCAAAUGGUUCGGCCUAGCUCUAUCAUUCCCUCCCCUUUCGUCGACUCCAUCGGUCCUCUGAAGAUGACCUCCCUCCGUCCCCCGUCUCGCCUGGCACUUCGAGCUCGACCUCGUCUGCCGAUGGCCGAAGCUGGGGCUAGACGAACUAUUAUUCGUCAUCUCUUUCAGCAGCUUCAGAAAGGGUCUCUCAUUCCUUUCCGUAAGAGGGCUCCAUCUCCAUAUCCCCCCCCUCUGUCCCUGGCCCCCUCUAUCCCCGCUCCUACUUCCCUUACUCCAAAUCCUAAGCUUUCUAAUUAUCUCGUAGAGAGACGAGAUGCACAGUGUCCUCCAUGGGCUCGACCACAGGGCUCGGUCAGCUCGUCACAGCGCCUUUCCCCAACUAACUCUUCAUCCUCGCCGUCUGAGGGCAACCUCACCAAGUGA